AUGCACGCUCAACACCAGAGCCGCCCUCAAAACCAUGAGCGCAAAUCAUGCUGCCAGGGUCCUGAUACUCCCUCCUAUACGAAAGUGCAGAAGCGCUGGCCCCUGGAAACUGGUCUCCAGUGGGGGUCUGAUCCGAGUUUCUGCUAUCAUGGAUUCUCCUGUCCGAUCGGGACGUGGACAGAAGAACGAGUCACCCAGAAUUUGAUGCGCAAUAUGGCUUCCAUGGCCAACAGUGUGACUGUCGAUUUUGGCUACGAGCUCGAUUUCCCUACGCCCACGACGAACUUCCUUUCGGACCCGCCGGAUGUCAUUUGUCUAAAUAAAUACGACUUUGCCCCCGACAUGCCAAGCAGUCAUCGUAGUGAAACGCCUUCGUCACGAUCAGCCUCCUUCUCGACAGCCGCCUCACUCGGCGCGAGCAGUCCGGAAAACAUGGAGAAAAAACCAGAAGGGCGACAGGCAGAACAGCAGGAAGAAGAAAACACACAACCGCCAAAGAAGAAGCGAAAGUGUGUUCAAAAGCCUGGACAACAAUUGUGUCAUUGUCGAUCGGAAAAGAAACGAAGGGAGGCUGUCUCGCAGGGAUAUCGAGAAUUGUCCGACUUGGUCCCUGGAUUGAAGAACCAUAAUUUCACCAGGAAAUACAUUCUGGACGUGACGGCGAAGUAUGUGGCUUCUCUAUUGCAAGGUAACGAAGACUUGGAGAGGCAACUGGAGGAGAUGGAAGCGCAUGAGGAGCCAAAUGUAUGGCAAUUCAUGGAGAAGGAGGAUUUAUGA